AUGGCGUCUUCGCAAGAUACUGCUGAUUCAGAGCGACGUGAUAGCGAUUCUUCAGUUUCUCAGGACUCUCAAACCGCAGCUGAAUUCAUCAGCAGCCAACUUCAACUUGAGGCAGAUGCAAGAGAGGCUCUCCCAUAUAAAUUCGACACCUGCACGAAACAACUCGGCCCUUUGCGCCAGGACCUCUUCGCCUGCAUAACAUGCAACCCGCCACCUGCGAAUCCUUCCGAUCCCUAUACCCCAGCCGGAGUCUGCUAUUCAUGCUCGGUUGCGUGCCACGGCGAGCAUACCCUCGUUGAGCUGUUCUACAAGCGUAACUUCGUUUGCGACUGCGGCACGACGCGUCUCCCAUCCACUACACCAUGCACGUUACGAACCAACUCGGAGACGGGACAGAAAGGCGGAGUGAUCAAUGAGCCGUGUGAGGAGAAGAACGAGUAUAACCAGAACUUUCGAAACCGGUUUUGUGGGUGCGAAUGCGACUAUGAUGCUGAGUCUCAGAAGGGGGUGAUGUAUCAGUGUCUUGGCCUUGGGGCGGCGAAGAAUGGCGGCUGUGGCGAGGAUUGGUAUCAUACUACUUGUAUAGUUGGAUUGGAUCCAUCGUGGCAUGAUGAGGCGAUGAAGAAGAAGGCGGCUUUGGCAGAAUCUACAGCCGGGAAUGACCAGGGACCGACGGCUACUACAGCAGAAGACGAUGGGGACGCCAUUGAUAUGGAAGACGGCAUGCCAACACCCCCUGGGUUUCCACACGCCGAUGACUUUUCUGGUUUUAUCUGCUACAAAUGUGUUGAGGCAAACCCGUGGAUCAAGGCAUAUGCUGGCACAGAUGGACUCUUGCCGCCUGUGUUCAAACGCAGCGGGGCACCUUCGCCGCAGGCAAAAUCUGAGGGGAAAGAGGAUCAAAAGGAAGCUCUGAAGACAACAGUCGCACCUGUUGCUUCAUCACAGAAGCGAAAAAAAGCAGGGGAUGAUGGUACCGACGGUGACGUGGAAGCAAAGCGAGCGAGAGGAGACAACGACACGGAAAGCAAACCCACAGCAACGACUAUCACCGAACCAAAGAGUAAUGGUGAUGGUGCGACAAACUCAGGCACAAAAGACGAGCCACCGUCUUGCAAAAUCAGCCAGCUUCCCUCCCCACCAACCGAACCCUUCUCUCUUUUCUUCAAAGACAACUUCCGUGCCUCCUUCUGUCGCUGCCCAGCCUGCUUCCCCCACCUUGCCAUUCACCCCCAGCUCCUCGACGAAGAAGAAUCCUACGAGCAAUCUCUCUCGCACUCCUCGGCUGCGUCUGAUGGGGCAGGCAGCACGCUCGGCAGUCGCGCCGGCAGCCUACUGGACCGCGGCGAGCGCGCGUUGAGCACCAUGGACCGCGUCAAGGCCAUCGAAGGGAUUAUGGCAUUUAACCUUCUCAAGGAGAAGUUGACUCCGUUUUUCAAGGAGUUUGCGGAGAGUGGGAGGGUUAUUAGUGCGGAGGAUGUUAAGGCGCAUUUUGCAAAGAUGAGAGGGGAUGAGGGGGGCGCCGGAGAGGCAGAGGGAGAGAAGGCUGGGGGUGGGGAGGAGGAUAAGAGGCGUGAGCAGGGAGGCUAUUGA